AGACCUCGCAGACAACCUAGGCCACUAGUGCUAAUAGUGGGCGGGGCUGCUGGAUUGUACACAAGAUCAUCAUCGACAUCAGAGACAUGGCCAAGAUCAAGAGGAUGUGUUCCAACUGUCGAGGUGAAAUUCCAAUAGAGACAUUUGACCUUCACGAGGCACGCUGUAGGAAGUAUUGCAAGUAUUGUAGCGAGUGUGGUGAGACUGUACCUUUAUCUGAGCUGUCUGCUCAUGAGUCUGAGGCCCACAUACCGAAGAGCUGCCCUCAGUGUAAUGCCAGUGUUCAUCCAUCACAGACAGAAGCUCAUAAGGAGGUGUGUCCACAAGCGCUGGUGGUGUGCAAGUAUUGUGAGCUAGAGAAGCCACGGAGAUAUCUCCCCGAUCAUCUAGACGCUUGUGGGAGUAGGACUCAGGAAUGUGACCUUUGCACCCUCAGAGUACAGCUCCGAGACAUGGAGGAACACCAAACCAUCAAAUGUGGUCAUCUGAGGGCCGAGCCAAACCUUGACCCUCACACCCUGGAGCACCUGACCUUUGACUCCCAUACCACCUGUGGGUCCACUAUGCAGGAGGAUGAGGCAUUAGCUCUUAGGUUACAAGAGGAGGAACACCGCCCUCACAGGACCCCCCACAGUCCCCCUCACAGGACCCCACACACAGAUGUAGAGUUGGCCAGAUUGCUUCAAGAUGAAGAGGUACGGAGAGACAAAAUGUUCGGGAGAGAUCUUGAGUUGGCACAGCAACUUCAGCAAGAGGAGGGGACACACUCCACACAGCCACAUUACACACAACCACCAGUUGGGAGGGACAGAAUGUUCGGGAGAGAUCUUGAGUUGGCACAGCAACUUCAGCAAGAGGAGGAGACACACUCCACACAGCCACAUUACACACAACCACCAGUUGGGAGGGACAGAAUGUUCGGGAGAGAUCGUGAGUUGCAAUUGGCACAGCAUCUCCAAGAGGAGGGGACACACUCCACACAACCACCACUUGCUGGGCCACCUUCAGUGGAGGAAGGUCUACCAUGUCAGUUCUGUUAUCAGCUCUUCCCUUCACAAACACUUACAUUGCAUCAGAACUCUUGCUGUGACUCAGUGGAGAGGAAAAGUGUGCCCACAGCUGCUGCUGAUGAUGACAGACCACAGGCUGCUAGUUAUGAGCAGGAGGAGGGGAUUGAGGAGAAGCUUCCUUGUGAGAGUUGUGGGCAACUAUUCUCAUUCUCCACUCUACACAGACACCAGGUGGCCUGCUCCCUACACCCACCCACCCAACAGUGACUCUAACCCAAGUGUAGUUGGCAGGAGAAUCAACAGACACUAAUAUAUAGAUAUGAACACAACCACUAACUGUAGUAGCUGUAGUGAUUAUUGUUUGACUGUUUUGGUUAGAUUGUGCUACUUAAAAAAGACAUUCAUUUUUACUCGAAA